AUGACUUUGGCACGGUCAGCUCUGCGCGCGGUAAGCGCUGGUGCACGCAGUCGGCCACAGCCUGUCCAAGUAUCCCGUUGGACGCGCUUUACCCCCUCUCCUGCUGCACGGCCAUUGGCUCGUGGUCUGCACUCUUCAGCCGUGUCACGACAUGGAGGCAUAGAGAGGCCGGAGCCAGGGACAGGGAUCAAGGUGCACUUCAAGGACGCGAAGGGAAACUUGAUCAAGACCGUCGAAGGCAACGAAGGAGAUGAUCUUCUUGGCAUAGCUCACGAACACGAUAUUGAUCUUGAAGGCGCCUGUGAGGGCUCUGUCGCAUGUUCGACAUGUCAUGUCAUAUUAUCUCCGGAGCACUACGACAUUUUACCGGAACCUGAAGACGACGAGAACGACAUGCUUGACAUGGCUUUUGGAUUGACCGACACGAGUAGGCUUGGAUGUCAAGUCGUCCUCACAAAAGAGCUGGAUGGUAUGACCGCGACGCUCCCAGCCGCUACGCGCAAUAUGUUCGUAGACGGUCAUAAGCCCACACAUCACUAA